AUGUUUUUCUUACUUAGUGGCAAAAUUUUAUGUGAAAUGCCAUCUGACCCACUCCUUGAUAAACAAUUUGAUCUCAAUAACAUAGGAGUAUAUGAUUCAGAGGCUGGCGAAGAUUUGAAUUUAUUUCCAAUUUGGAAAAACGAAAAUCUAACAGGAAAAAACGUAGUAUUUUCUAUUGCAGGUAAUGGGUGCUACAAUUCUCAUAAAGAUUUAAUCCAAAAUCAACUUUCAGACAAACAUUUUAAUUUCGAUGAUAAUACAACUGAAGUUCAACCAAGUCAAUCAGACAAAUACUCAGGAUACUCUACAGGAUUGCUAGGAAUAGCAUUAGGUGAAGCAAAUGACAUAUGCACAGCUGGCAUUUCUCACGCAUCGAACUAUAUUUGCAUCAAAUCGACUAAAAAUGAUGUUGAUAGUAGAAUACAAUCAAUGAAGUACGAGAAUAUCAAUACAGAUGUCAAGUUAAUCGCUUUAGAAAAAUUAUUUAUCAAAGAAAAUGACUCUUCUGAUUAUGUAAAGUUCUAUUCACCACUUGAAAACAAACAGAUAGAUAGUUCUAUUACAUCACAAGAUGCUCCUAUCUUUAUUACUUCAUCGGGUUUUGAAGCAAAAUCUGGAUUUGACACAAACUUUGAUCCAAUUUCAAGAAAUCCAAAUGUAAUCACAGUUUCAGAUACUACACCAUCAGGAUCUCGUUCAUAUUGGUCCGGAAAAGGCUCUUCCGUUUUAAUUAAUGCUCUAUCAGGAGGAUCUUCAAAUAUUUAUGGUUCACAACGUGACUUACCAUAUCCUCCAACAAUUGGAAUUGCUGAUUCAACCAGUUGUGAUACUGAUUUCACACCUUAUGGUGUUGGAUCUGCAAAUGUAGCUGGAAUUGUCGGAUUAAUGCUUGAAGCAAACAACAAACUUACUUACAGAGAAAUACAGACUGCAUUAAUCAUCUCCGCUGUUCAAAAUGAUCCAAAACACGAGUCAUGGACCACAAAUUCUGCGAAAUACCAUUAUAGUAACAUAUACGGCUUUGGUAGAGCAGAUACAGAACGUGCAAUUGAUGUUGCAAAGCAAAUAACAACACUUCCAGAGCAAAAAUCCGUAAUUCUCGAUUUUCAUAAUUUAUCUCUUUAUUCGAGAAUGAAAAUUGCAAACAUCACAUCACGUAAUGACAUAAAUAUACCAUUUAUUGAGUAUUUGAAGCUUUCUUUCAAAGCGACAAACGUCAGAUCAUUGAAUCUCGAUUUACUUUCUCCUUCUGGCACAAAAAUACCUGUUUCUCGUCCAGCAAACACAGAAAAUGAGGAUGGAACAUACGAAUACAUAAUAAGAGGUUUCUUUGGUGAAAAAAGUGACGGAAAUUGGACAGUAUUUAUUUCAUCAAAUGAAUACCAACUGAAAGGAAAAAUGGAUGAAAUCAAGCUCGAAAUAUAUGGAUUUGCUGCUCAGCCAUCUCUCCCAACUCUCCCUGAAAAGAAUGGACACGAAAAGAAAUACUUUGACUCAGAAUUAAAAUUUGAAGUACCUCAAACAAUUAAUUGUGAAGAAGAAUUUUCUGUCAAAAUUGUUUCUGACACAGAAAAUCUCUUUGAUUUGUUUUUGGUCGAUAAAGACAAGAAUUCGGGAUUUUUGGUUAAAAGUGAUAUCAAAUCAAACCAAGAAACAAAAAUUUCAAUUCCUUGUUAUUUGACAAAUGUGUCACUUUUUGUUUACAUCGAAAACAGAGAAAACAAACUUGGAAAGAUAUCUCAAGUGAACUAUGUUAAUAAACACAGUUCACAACAGAUAAUUAGUCCGAAACCAUAUGAAUCAUUGAACACAACCGAUAAAAAACUGACAGUUCACUUCACUUUUGCGGAUUUGUCUGAAAAAUUCGGAUCUGAGCCAGAAUCACAUUCAAUGAUUGCAGGAUUAUAUGAUAUUGAUAAUAACAAGACUGUUUCCGCCAAGACAAUUGAUAUUUUUGAGAAGAAUGUUACGUUUGAAGAAAUUCCUGAGAAAUCGAAGAAUUUCGUUUUCUAUUUGACACCUUUGAUGAAAUCGAAAUUUAAUGGUUGUGAUACUUUGAUACAGCCAAUUGUUGUCAAUGCGAAAUCAUCAACAUUUAAUGUUCCAUUGUCUUAUAAAUGUCCUGUUCCUCCAGGAGUUACAAUUACUCCACAGGAUGAAGAGGAAAUUCCUGCAAAUUUAACUCUUAGAAUUGUAUACAUGGCAUCAUUUUUAGGCGUUUGUUUGAUAUUAAUGAUAGCAAUACUUUUGUGGCAUUGCUGCUGCAGAGCAAAGGAACAAGUAUUUCCUCAACUCGAUACAGUUCCUUUAGUUACUAAUGAGUAA